AUGUCUAGAACGCGUCACAAGUCGCUGUUACCCACCGAGACCAUAACGACAUUUGUCGCUCGACCAAGUGUACGCGGUGCCACGGUUGAUGCUGUGUCUCACUUGUCACCAUCACGCUUCCCCGACAUUCGCUUAGCCGACGAUCGCGCUCCCACGGUUGCAUAA